AUGUACUCUCAGUUGAGAAGCUACCAGGGAGCGAUCAUCGACUUCCGGACCGAUCCUGUCGUCGGCGACGACGCCAAGAAUAUCACCAAUAACCCCCUGGGAGCGAAGGCGGCGUCGCUGGACGCGUUGGCCUCCGAAGUGCACCUUGCCCCCCCGCCCCACCACAUCAAGCGCCAGUCGCCGCCGCGAGCCAGCCACGACCCGCUGAGGCCUCAUAAACUGGUCGACACCUACCCGUCGGGACAGAUGCAAGUGCCGACCCAGUUCUGGCAAAAACCACCGCGACAGGAGUUGGGCCCCUACCCGCACCCUCCAACCAUGGACACCUCAGACAAAAUGUACGACGCUGGCUCCACCGGGGCGCGCCCGAAGGAGAAACACGUCCACCUGAUCCACCCGCAGCUUAUCGAGACGCCGCCAGCGCAGUUUGGCGACGCUGUGGGUCUAAACGGGUCGGCGCUGAUGAUGCACGCCGACAAAACCCAAAAGCUCGACCCCCUUUCCCGUGCCCCGCAUCGUGCCCCGCUUCUGUCAGAGGGCGCAAGUGAAUCUCCGUCGAUCACGGUGGCGAUGGUAACGCCGCCGCCGAUAUCGCCAACUCCGAGGGAUCACGGCCCGCGUAAACCCGCUGGCGAGGUGAAGCGGAAGCGUGGCCGGCCGAAAAAAAUAAUAUUGGACCCGUCGACCAACACCUACAUCGACUCGUCUCACCCCAACUUCAAACAGCUCAACAAACAACUUAAGCCGAUGGCGCACCAGUAUCGCCUCGACGACGGCACCACCCAGCUCGCCAGCGCCCCGAGCGCGGUGCUGCGCAGCUACGACCAAAACGAGGUGAGACUCCUACUACAAAAGAAAGACAAGCGCGGGCGACCACGCAAGUUUCCCGUCGAGGAGACGGGGUUGACGAUUAAAGGGGUACGGAUCAAUGGGGCGAAAAGGCGCAAGCACCUCGACAUGCCGCCCCCUCCUUGA